AUGACUUCACUGUCUGGGACCAAGGAGAGGUCUGUGAGCAGCCGGAGCAGAAAAUAUGGGAUGCCGGACACUUCACCGACCAAAUCUGCAACCUUUUUCCCCGACACAUGGUACCGAAAGGCCUAUGAGGAGACCAGCAGAUCCGGCACACGCCCCACUCCAGAGGGUGCCGGCUCCAUGCCGAGCUCCACAGGCACCCCGUCCCCAGGCUCAGGAAUCUCCUCACCAGGUUCCUUCUCUGGAUCACCGGGGACCAUCUCUCCGGGGAUCGGGACCGGCUCGCCUGGUUCUCUGGGUGGCUCCCCAGGUUUUGGCACCGGCUCACCGGCCUCAGGCAGCGGAAGUUCCCCUGGCAGUGAAAGAGGGAUAUGGUGUGAGAACUGUAAUGCGAGGCUGUCAGAGCUGAAGAGACAAGCGCUGAAACUGCUCAUCCCAGGACCUUACUCCAGCAAGGAUCCCUCCUUCUCUCUCCUCCUCCACGAUAAGCUUCAGGUGCCUAACAGUUCUCGGCUGGCGUGGAACGAGCGAGACAGUCGCUGCGAUGUUUGCGCCACUCACCUCACUCAGCUUAAACAGGAAGCCGUGCACAUGGUCCUCACCCUCGACCAGUGGGACCUGUCUCCCACCUCUUCCCCCACUGCUCUGAUUGGACGAUAUGGAUCUCAAGGACCCCCGGGUCCACUGGGAGCAUCUGGAGUACCAGGAGUUCCUGGGUCGCGGGACUGGCCUCCUCCUUUUCUCCCUUCCUCUUCCUCCUCGGCUGUGGCUUCCACUUCGCAUCUUCCUCACCAAGCGUCCCAGUCGCCUUCUCCAAGCCCAAACCAGACUCCGACACCCAGCCCCAGCCACGGACCACCCAACGGCAGCAAUGGGAGUCCUUCAGUGCAAACAUCCAGCUGUGCUUCCUCAAACCCACAACCUCAAGGUCCAGGGCACAGACUGGGGUCCAAGCCCAGCUCCUUAGGUCUUGGAGGUGGGGUGGACAGGAGGAAUGGGUCUUCUGGUUCAGGAAAAACAGCUGGUGUCCAACAGCAAGUGACUGGAGUUAACAGCCCCAACAAUAGCAGUAAUAGUAGUAAUAACGGUAGUGGAGCAGUACUGAGCACAGCAGCUCUGCAGGCCCAUCAGCACAUGAACCGAACUAACGGAGGGGUUACCCUCUAUCCGUACCAGAUCUCCCAGAUGAUCUCUGAGGCCUCCAGAGAAGGACUGUCUGAAGCUGCCCUGAACCGCCACAACACACACUCUCCUUCUCACACCAGUUCACCAUCACACACUAACUCUCCCUCUCACGCUCCAACUGUCACCACCACAGCACCGACCGCCACCUCUGCUGCUGCCUCUUUCUUUGCCAGAGCUGCACAAAAGUUAAACUUAGCCUCCAAGAAGAAGAAGCAGAAGACGGCUACAGUCACACUCCCAGUGACAUCAUCAUCAUCCUGCGACCCCCCUCUGUUUCCUACCAAUUUCAGCUCCGCCCUGGUGGUGGCCCCUCCCCCAGCUCCACCCUGCCUUCUCCGUGCAGCCAAUAAGAUAAAAGAUACUCCUGGGCUUGGAAAGGUGAAAGUGAUGGUGAGGGUGUGCCCGGUGUCGCAGUUGGAUGCAGCCGAGUCCAGCUCUUUCCUCAAAGUGGACCCCAGGAAGAAACAAAUCACCAUAAUGGACCCGGGAGCCAAUCAGACGCCAAUCGCUGCUUCCCAAAAAAGAGCGGCAGCCAAUCAGGUCCCGCCAAAGAUGUUCACGUUUGAUGCUGCAUUCCCUCCUGAUGCAUCACAGGCUGAGGUGUGUGCGGGAACGGUUGCCGAGGUGAUCCAGUCGGUGGUGAAUGGAGCAGAUGGCUGUGUCUUCUGCUUUGGACACUCAAAGCUGGGUAAAUCCUACACAAUGAUUGGUCGCGAUGACUCUCUUCAGACUCUGGGUAUAAUCCCCUGUGCCAUCUCCUGGCUCUUUAAACUCAUCAAUGAGAGAAAGGAGAAAACAGGAGCACGCUUCUCUGUUCGUGUCUCUGCAGUCGAGGUUUGGGGAAAAGAGGAGAACCUUAAGGACUUGCUGUCUGAAGUGGCCACAGGCAGUUUACAGGAUGGACAGUCACCUGGAGUGUACCUGUGUGAGGACCCCAUCUGUGGCAUGCAGCUCCAGAACCAGUCUGAAUUGCGUGCUCCGACCCCAGAGAAGGCCGCCUGGUUUCUGGAUGCCGCCAUAGCAGCUCGUCACAGCAGGCAACACUCCAACACCACAGAGGAAGAGCACAGGAACUCACACAUGCUGUUUACCUUACACAUAUACCAGUAUCGUAUGGAGAAGACAGGAAAAGGAGGGAUGUCUGGAGGUCGCAGUCGCCUCCAUCUGCUGGACCUUGGCAGCUGUGACGUCAAAGUACUUGGAGGAGGUGGAGGUGGGAAGAGCAGGGAGAACUCCUCACCCAGCUCAGCCCCACUGUGCCUUUCUUUAUCCGCCCUCGGCAAUGUCAUCCUGGCCCUGGUCAACGGCAGCAAACACAUCCCAUACAAGGACAGCAAGCUGACCAUGUUGCUAAGAGAGUCGCUAGGCAACAUGAACUGCCGGACCACCAUGAUUGCUCACAUCUCUGCCUCACCCAGAGAUUUCUCAGAAACCCUCUCCACCAUCCAGAUUGCUUCCCGGGUCCUUCGCAUGAAAAAGAAGAAGACUAAAGUCACCGUGCAGUACACCUCCAGCUCCUCUGGAGGAGAGAGCUCCUGUGAGGAGGGCCGCAUGCGGCGUCCCACCCAUCUGCGUCCUUUUCAUCAGCGUGGUGACACGGACUCUGACCUUCCACUGCUGCGACUAUCCAGCGAUCCCGACGAGUAUUCAAGCAGCGAACAGUCCUGUGACACAGUCAUCUAUGUGGGCCCAAAUGGAGCGGCGGUGUCGGACAGGGAGCUGACGGACAACGAGGGACCGCCAGAGUUUGUCCCAAUUAUUCCUGCUCUGCUACGAGGAAAAGCGCCAGAGCAGCAUCAAACACAAAGUCAAAGUCAGACAGCUGGAGUCCAGAACAAGUGACUUCUGCUCCGACAGGUGCAGUGUCAGCAGGAGGACCAGCCCAGUGGCCCAUCUCAGGCCUCUCCGUCACUGCUUGGGCAGCCGUUGGCCCCUGUCCCAGAGGAAGGAGGGGAGUGCCUGAAGUGCAACACCUUUGCCGAGCUGCAGGAGCGACUGGACUGCAUUGAUGGGAGCGAGGAGGUGGCAAAGUUCCCCUUUGAAGAGGUUCCAGCGAACAAACAAGGUGCCAAACAAGAGCCAUGUGUAUCUUCAUCUGUUCCAACCCCAGCUCCUGCUGCUCCUGGCUCUGCUGCCCUGUUGGAUACAGAAGCCAAAACAGCACCGGUCUCCAGGAGGAGAACCAAUGACCAGCAGCUGCAGGAGAUCAAGGAGGUGGUGGAGGAGGCAGAACUGGCCCAGACUAUGAUCCACAGCCUGGCUCAGACUUCUGGUUCGUCCAUAGUCACUAGUACCUGGAGUGUCACUGGAAGCAGCAGCAUCACCUCUGUCUUUCUUGGUGUCUGUCUCUUUUACAGCCAUGAGAGUCUGAAUGUGGGCGUUAACGCUGAGGGAAAGGCACGUGCACUAGGAUCACCACGCCUCGGCAUCGCCAGCCUGACCAAAACCUCAGACUAUAGGCCUCCGUCCUCUCCAUCACAGCGGUGCAAAGUGUACACCCAGAAGGGCGUGAUGCCGGCAACGCCCCCCCUGUCGUCGCACACUCUGGCUCAAGAUGGCCAGGCCACAGAGGCUCUGAUGUCUGACAACAGUUUGGCCGCAGACAGUGGCCGUUCCUCCACAGAGUCAAUUCUGUACAGAACGUCUCCUGUGGGCAUGAGCCCACAAGUUCGAGAGCCAACUCCUUCUCUGUCUGCCAGCCUGGGCUCGGCUGAGACACUGUGUGACGAUGAUGUACCACCUAUACCCAUGGACACACUCAAGGAUGCCUCAGAGGCAGCUCUGUCUGUAGGAACACUUGCACCUCUCUCACUUGGGGAGGAUGUACUGGUGUACACUGUGGUUUCUGGGCAGGAGGACCCUGACAUUGCAGCUCUCAUGGAAACACGGGGCCUGACCUGUCUUCCAUCCAGCAUCAUCAGCUUCAACAGCGAAUGUGGCUCUCUCACUGCCCUCACCUCAGGCUCUCAGCCCCUCAACAUCAUCAGUGGUGCUGCUGAGAAUACAGCUGUGCAGGAUUAUCCCUUACCUGCAGGUCUGGCAGUAACCUCAGGGGUUACAGAGGUUGUUGCAAUGGCAGAGGUGGCAAUGGCCAAGUUGCGGAUAGAAGGUGAAGCCUUAGCCACAGUGAUGUCUAACUGUGGUUCACCCAUGUCCUCCUGGGUGAGCGAUCUGAGCCUUGGCAGUGAUGCCGAUCAGUCUCUUCACAGCUUCAGCCAGUCUCAGAGCCAGCAAGGGGAGGCCUUAGCCGAACCUGAUCCCAGCCAGAGCUCUGGAGUCGAGGGUCUCGUUGAAUAUGAAACCUGUGGCAGCCCAAGGAGAGGGAGUCUGGAAGGAGAGGUGGUGCUGCAAGACAACGGCAGUGAUAAAGGAACCAAAGACAGGCUGAGGAAAAUGCCACCCUCCAUGGCUAAAACUAACAUUCAGAUUCUGGUAGGACCCAGUAGCCUAUCACCUUUCAAGACCACAAUGAGCAUUCACCAAUGUGUGGCUGUCAAACCCAUGAUGAUCCAAGAACCAACCCUGCUCUCCUCACCUACCAAGAUGAGCUUAAUGAAAGAUACAAGCAAAUUCAAUGCACCACUUUUAGCCUCGAUUUCCAGUGAGAUGAGCUUUGACGACCCCUGGUUGAAGCGAGGCAUGGAGGAGGCGGGGUUCGGGGAGUAUUUGUGUGAAGUGAAGCCAGAGAAAAGGGAAGUAGACCAUGUAAAGUGUCAGGGUGGCGCUGGGGCCGGAGACCACCAGGGCUUCUACAAGUAUGGUGUGGAUCAUUACAGCUCUAGCUCAGGUGGUGAGGUUGUAUCGCCUCCAGAUUCCUUUAAUAAGAGAGUGGUGGAUGGUUGUGAGAUGGUUGCUGUUGUUGCCCAGGGAGAGUGCCUCACUAUGUACAGCCCAGAUAUCCACCGUACUUCCAGUCUUCCCCGCGGCUGGCAUCGUCUUAACCGACAUGAUGGCUUAGACAAUGGAAUUGAGUACCGCAACCUCGGCGUCACAACUUCAACUCCCUGUAGUCCCCGCGCUACACUUGAUCGCCGGGGAUCAACUGGGAAACAGGGCUUUUUCUCCCACAAGAAGGGUGGGAUCCCACCGCUGCCACCGGUAAGGAAGUCCAGCCUUGACCAGCGCAGCAGGGCGGCCAGCCCUCUUCACCAACCCAGUCAUGGAGUCUCAUUAAUUGGCAGCUUAGUAGAUGAUGUGUCUGCCACCAGACAACGAGGCUCCAGCAUAGACAGCAGUAGACUUUUCAGCGCCAAGUUGGAACAGCUUGCGAACAGAACCAACUCACUGGGUCGGGCACACAGCUCCCAUGGUGGCUCCCACCAUUAUGACUGCUUCUCCCUGGAGAGGGGCGAGAGCCUGAGAGGAGGAGGGGUUAGGGGGGACAGCACCAUGCCUCGCACUGGGAGGAGUCUCACCCGGGCUGGAUCAGUUUCUUCUCCCACUGCAAACAUGACCAAUCCCGGUUUCAGUGGCAGUCCUGGUCCCAGCAGCGCUCCACAGUCACCAGCCAAAACCAGUGGCCAGUCAAAAAUCUCAGCUGUGAAUAAACUGCUGAUGACCAGUAGUCCCAAAACCAGGAGUCUGUCUGCCUCCAGCACCAAGACUCUGAGCUUCUCUACCAAGUCUUUGAGCCAAACCACCAGCCGCAGCUCCAGCCUUCCUCCUAAUGGAAAACCCCAGAGCUCAGUGCAGGCUCCUCUGCAGCAGCAGGGACCCUCCCCUGUAUCCUGGUCUACCCAGUCUCUAAGCCGCAGUCGAGGGGGAAGCCUGGCCGCCAAGCUCCCUCUGAGAGCUGUCAACGGUCGUAUCUCAGAGCUCCUCCAAGGAAGUGCAGGCUCCCGUUCCAGGAGUCAUGCACAGGGAGGAAGCACUGAUGCUGGGGAGGAAAGAGGAGUUGGAGGAGCAAGUGGAGGAGGAGGUGCAGCAGGAGGUGGUGGUCUGGGUGAGGAGAAAGCAGCAGUGGUCCAAACGCUGCCUUCUCCCUACAGCAAGAUCACAGCCCCUAGAAAACCUCAGCGAUGCAGCAGCGGCCAUGCCAGCGACAACAGCAGUGUACUCAGUGGUGAGCUCCCCCCGGCCAUGGGGAAGACGGCCCUGUUUUACCACAGUGGAGGCAGCAGUGGCUACGAGAGCAUGCUGAGAGACAGCAGCGAGAACACAGGAAGCACUUCCUCUGCUCAGGACUCCCUCAGCGAACACAGCACAGUCACCACCUCCUCCAGACGGAGCUCCAAGAGCAGCAAGAAGAGCAGGAGCAACACAGGCCUCCAGCGUCGUCGCCUGAUACCAGCUCUCACCUUGGACUCUUCCACCUCCUCACCCACUCAUCGCUCCACGAAGCAGGCCAUCACUUCCUCUUCUUCUUCCUCCUCCAGCCCAGGUGCCUGCUGGGUAGAUGGCCCGCUGGGACCCCCAGCUCCCUCAAACCUACGGGGCGCAACAGCGACGACAGAAACCUUUGAGAUCAAAGUGUACGAGAUAGAUGAUGUGGAGCGGCUGCAGAAGAGAAGAGACAAAGGAGGAAGCAAGGAGGUGGUGUAUGUGAGCGCCAAGCUUCGUCUGCUGGAGAACCGCCAGCAGCGAAUCAGUGAAGUCAGAGCCAAGUACCAGUGUCUGAAGAAGGAACUGGAACAAACCAAACAGUACCUGAUGCUGGAGCCACACAAAUGGACCACUGAGUUUGAGCUGCAGCAGGUCUAUGAAGUGGACUCUCUGGAGUAUUUGGAAGCCCUGGAGACGCUAACGGACAAACUGGAGACCAGAGUCAACUUCUACAAAGCUCAUCUCAUGAUGAUCACCUGCUUCGACGUGUCCUCAAGACAUCGAUAGAUAGAGGGAGAGAAGAGAAGCAGGAGGACAGAGAGGUGGACACACGGCAGGACUUCAUGUUUGAAUACUUGAUGUUUAUUAACCAAACACAUUUAAAAUAUGUAUCUCCUAUAUCAAUACAUCUCAUUGGAUUACUGGUUAGAUGGAAGGAGGGGAUACAGGGAUGGACUGUCCAUUCGAUUUAUCAUGUCGGGCAUCCUUAUGUCCCCAGAUGUAAGUCGGCAGAAGGACAGAUGGAUGGAGAGAUGGAGGGAUUAAAGGAAUGGAGAUAUCUGACAGGCCAACAGACAGAUGACCUUGUAGAUUUUCACAUUUGGGCUUUUAAGCAACCUCAGAAACAGUCACUGAAGAACAUCUUAUUGACAGGCUGCUUUGACUCAGAUAUAUAUGGCCGCCCUGAAGGGGGCAGACAGAUGGUGGUGACUGAGACGAAACAUCAGACAAGUGACCACAUUUUUCGAGGACGGAAUAAUUAGAAUGCAGAGAAACCUCCUAGACUCAGUCGAACAUUCAGUGACGUACGGAGAAAAAUAAAAAGGAAUGGAGAGACGAGCAAAAACUGCCUUUUUUAAACAGAGGAUGAUGAAGGAGAGGUUAAGGUCAAAUAGAGGAACCAUUUCUCCUCUCCCAUUAUUUUGGAAGAGCACUUUUUAGAGCAGUUGAGAGCCAUUGACUGUAAACACAGUGCUGACUACAGAAUGGCCUGGUAUUGCUGUGCAGUUGAAAAUAGAGACAGUAGGACAAAGAAAAUGAUUCAGAUAAGUGCCUUGUGAACAUUUCAACAAUACCAAGACCAAUUCUCUUUCUCUCGAAUAUGUGUACAUGCAUUACGUAUGGUGCUAACAGAAACAACACACACAGAAAAAGAUCAGUGUCCUUGGAAAAUCUUUGAAAUGAUAGCCAUUAUUAAAUGUGACGUUUUACUGUGUUUCACUAGAAGAAAACUCACUUUGUUUGAAUCUUAUUUGUUACACUGAUGUAAUACAUCCAAACUGUUUGGAUCCCUAACCCAAAAAGUUAAAAAAUAACAAACACAAACCUCUUUAAAGGUGCUACAACAAGGUUCUUCUGCCACAAUGAUUUUUAUGGACGUGGGUUAUGAUGAUCUUCACUUGCGAGGAGCUUCAGCCAUCUUGGCUUUCCAAGAGGUUAUAAGAUGUCCAUUGAGCAGUGCUAGUUUGUCAGUUUGUGACUCCAUUGGAAAGAGGCCAGGCAAACUUCGGUGGAAGCAGAACAAGAGCUUACAUUGCUGUAGCUUUCCACCGAUGCAGACAGCUGUCACCAAGUAAAAGAAUGAAGUCUGGUGCUAAACUUGCUUCCAGACCGGUCAGGAAAAUUCUGGUCAAUGUUAUUACGGGCCAUGUAGCAAUAGCAAUCAUUUUCAACGACCAAAAAAUUAAUUUUAAAAAACGUACAUGAUUUUUCAAGGACACAGACCAGAGACGUGUGUUUGAAUAAUAAUAAUUUAAAAAAAAAUAGAGAAGAAAAAAAAGCUAUGUUCUUGUGAUAAUGUGUUUUCACUUGACUUUACUCACAAACAGAGCACAUCUGACUUUGGCCCUCUGGGGCACAUGUACCAUAUAUUCCCCCCCGAUACAGUCGUGAUGGCGUUUUCAUGUUCAUGAAGCAAUGAAAUGUUGAGUCACACACGAGUGGAGCUGAAAAUGUGUCUCUGUGUUACAUCCAUCGACUGACUGACUGUCUGACUGACAGGUGGACUGUCUGUUAUUUGUAUCUGUGUCGUUCUGCUCUAUUCUAAAAGAAACUGAAUGAUUCGUCAAUGUGUGUGUUUUAUAAUAAAGUAUCUUUUUUAUUUGAGUUCAAUGGGACCAUGGAGAGACUAUGUAUGAUAGUAGGAUAAUGAAAAUAGUAUAAAGACAAAUAUUUAAGGCUAAGGAAGAGACAACUACAGGAAAAGCCAUUUGAUUUACACUGUUUAAUGUCUUUAUUGGAACAAAGUAGUGAAU